AACUAUCAUUGCAUGAUAAUUAUGAUAAUUGCAUGAUAAUUGCAUUGCGAACAAUUUAUAAACCUCCAAACUUUCUUUUCCUGCCGUACUAACGCGAUCUCCGUUUUUCUUUGAUCAAAUUACGCGUAUGCAUCAAAGUAAUUUUCUUUUUCGGAAACCAUUUCCUCUAUAAAGGACUUGGCUUCUUCUGAAAGUUUUAGUUGAUAUUACGAUUAUCCUAUCAAAGAAAAUGAGAACAAAUAUGGCAAGUUCAAGUUAUCCAUCUACGCAAAUUCCUAUCGACUCAUUAUCCAAUUACCAAAGGCAUAUGAAAAUUGGACGAUAUAUGACGUGCAUGGGAGAAUCAACGGAUUCUUCACGAGAUAAGUGCUCUUGCAAAGGAUGGCGACUAAAUUCUGCUAAUGGAAUUGGAUGUAUAGAUUUGUGCAUUUGUGGUCACAAAUUAGGUCUUCAUGGAAAUGUAGAUGAUAUUUAUGGUGAAGACUUCUAUAAAUUACUGAACAUUGCUGAUCAAAUCGACAAAUAUUUGGAGAAUCAAGGGAAAUUAUUAGACUUUGAUUAUGUAGAUAAAUUUGUUCAAAAAAUGAAAGAUCAAAUGACAUCUAUCACUAAUAGUGCUAAACAAUAUAAUCAUAUAAUAUGUCAUAAGAAACCAGUUGAUAAAAAUGCGAAUAUCGAUGAAAGAAAUAAUUUGGAUCAUAAGUUCAUAUUUAAAGAAGAGCGAGAAGACAAUAUUCGGUGGAGAAUUAUUAAUAAUGAUGGAACUCGAGAGAAUUUAUUUUUACUUACUGGUGUUAAGGAAUUAAUUUCUACAGCAUUACCAAAGAUGCCAGCAGAGUAUAUUGCUCGUGUCGUGUAUAAUCAUAAUCAUUAUAGUUUAGUGAUUAUUAAAGAUCCAAAUAAAGUGAUUGGUGGAAUUUGUUAUCGACCAUUUGUAGAAAGGAACUUUAUUGAAAUUGUUUUCUUUGCUGUUAAUGGGGAUCAUCAAGAUAAAGGAUAUGGCAGACGUUUGAUGAAUCGCUUAAAGCAUUUCAUGAGAGAUGUAGUCAAGAUUAAAUAUAUGCUUGUUUAUGCAGAUGAAAGUGCUAUAGGAUUUUUUCGAAAAAUUGGGUUCACAACUAAUAUUACAUUAGAAAAAGAAAUAUGGAAAGGUUACAUAAAAGAUUAUAGCAAAGCAAAACUUAUGCAGAGUACUUUUAUUGCCAAAAUAAAUUAUGCAGAAACUAAGGAAAUUUUAGCAAGACAAAAACAAGCAAUAAGAGAAAAAAUCGCUCGAACAAUUAAACCUCCCAUCAUUCAUCCGGGUUUACAACGUUUCAAAAAUGGAGUUAAAUCAAUAGAUCCUAUGUCUGUGCCAGGUAUUAAGGAAUCCGGUUGGACAUUGGAAUUAGAAAAAAGGGCAAAGGAAUCGGUUAAAUAUCGGGCCGAUUAUCUUCUUAUGCUCAAAAUCAUGGAGGAUUUAGAAAAUCAUAGAAGUGCUUGGCCAUUUAGACUCCCUGUCGAUCCUAUUACUGUACCAGAUUAUUAUGAUAUUAUCAAGGAUCCCAUGGAUUUUUCUACCGUCAGGAAACGUAUGGAGAACAAUCGAUAUCUAACUCUUAAAGAGUUUGCUAUUGAUGUUCAAAAAAUAUGGGACAAUUGUAAAUAUUAUAACACAAAAGAGACUUAUUAUUAUAAAUCAGCCGAGACUUUGGAAAAAUUUUUUACGGAUCUGUUAUUAGAAAAUGGUAUAAAACUACCUUAAAAAAAGUACAUAAAUAUUUUUCAUAUUAAAAAAAUUUAAUCAGGUGAUUAGCAAUAUAAAC